AUGAAGAUCUUUAUAGUACUCGUGCUAUUAGCAGCUGCAGCCGCUGCAGGAGUCACUAACAAUGACCGAGAACAGGCAGCAGCAUUAGAAAAUAAAGAGCUUCAUAUACCAGAUACAGUAGAUAAUAAUGAGUUGGAUGUACCAGAAAAAAAUGAGCUAAAUGUACCAGACCGGCCAGACAAUACUGAACUGGAUGUACCAGAGGAUGAAAUAGGAGAAGAGGACGAGGAAACUGGUCUAGCAGCUGCCCGUAACAAUCUCUCUUUGGGAACUUUUGGUGCUGACGAUAGGUUGAUGUCUAGGAUCACUCAUAACGUCGCUGCAACUACUUUAUUGAUACAUGAUCAAGAACAACUCGAGUUGCUGGUGGUCUUGGAUCAGAAUUCGUCACAAUCCGAAUUCAAUCGGGUAGAGGACGAGCAUUCUCCUACACAAUCUUAG